GAAACCCUAAACACUUCACGAUCCAAAACGCAGCCUCCUAUUCCGCGCUCGAGCCCUCGACUGCUGUCUGACUCUCCUCCGUUCUAUCUCUUAGCUUACUUAAUUCAAGUAUUUAUAUCCACUCUGCUCUCGACUGCUCUGUGCUACCUUGUCUCGCGGGCGCCGUCGUUCGAACCCUAAAUAGCGGUCUGUAACUCCGUGCCUGCUCAAAUCAGCGCCUACCAUGAUUUGAUUGAUUGCAGCUGAAGAAAAUGGUGGGAAGAAAGAGGAAUCACAGGUGGGGAACUCAAUGAGUAUCAAAGUGAAUUUCGAGUAACACCGAGAGCAAGACUGAGGUAAAUGUCGAUACCGCAAGAGUUUUAUCCUUCUCAAGAUGAUCUUUUAUACGAAGAGGAAAUCUUGCGCAAUCCCUUUAGUCUCAAACUUUGGUGGAGGUACCUGAUUGCGAAAGCUGAUGAACCUUUCAAGAAGCGUUUCGUUAUCUACGAGCGAGCUCUGAAAGCCCUGCCCGGAAGUUACAAGAUUUGGUAUGCCUAUUUACGGGAGCGCCUUGACAUUGUCCGAAACCUCCCAGUCACUCACUCCCAAUAUGAAACACUUAAUAACACAUUCGAAAGAGCUCUUGUUACUAUGCAUAAGAUGCCACGGAUAUGGAUAAUGUACCUACAAACCCUAACAGAGCAGAAGUUGAUCACAAGGACUCGAAGGACAUUUGAUCGGGCACUUUGUGCACUACCUGUAACGCAGCAUGAUCGGAUUUGGGAGCCUUAUUUGGUGUUUGUUAGCCAAAAGGGUAUACCGAUUGAGACUUCCCUUAGGGUUUAUCGCAGGUAUUUAAAGUAUGAUCCUACUCAUGUUGAGGAUUUUAUUGUUUUCUUGGUGAAGUCAAGCCUCUGGCAAGAGGCUGCUGAGAGAUUGGCUUCAGUAUUGAAUGAUGAUCAGUUUUAUUCAAUUAAGGGGAAGACCAAGCAUAGAUUGUGGUUGGAGUUGUGUGAUUUGAUGACACGGCAUGCGAAUGAGGUUUCGGGGCUUAAUGUGGAUGCAAUCAUCAGGGGAGGGAUUAGGAAGUUUACUGAUGAAGUGGGAAGACUGUGGACUUCUCUUGCGGAUUAUUAUAUUAGGCGGAAGCUAUUUGAGAAAACCAGAGAUAUUUUUGAAGAGGGUAUGACAACAGUGAUUACUGUAAGGGAUUUUAGUGUGAUUUUUGAUGCAUAUUCACAGUUUGAAGAAAGUAUGGUUGCUCAUAAGAUGGAAAAUAUGGAUUCCAGUGAUGAAGAAGAAGAUGAAAAUGAAGAGAAUGGUGUUGAGGAAGAUGAAGAUGUUCGUCUAGAUGUAAAUUUGUCAGUGGAGAAGCUUGAGAAAAAGAUGCUUCGUGGAUUUUGGUUACAUGAUGAUAAGGAUAUAGACUUGAGGCUGGCCCGAUUGGAGAAUCUUAUGAACAGAAGGCCAGAACUAGCAAAUAGUGUGCUUUUACGACAGAAUCCUCAUAAUGUAGAACAGUGGCAUCGUAGAGUCAAGAUAUUUGAGGGUAAUCCGACAAAGCAGGUCUUAACCUACACUGAGGCAGUAAGGACAAUUGACCCAAUGAAAGCGGUUGGCAAACCUCAUACGUUGUGGGUUGCCUUUGCCAAGAUGUAUGAGAGCCACAGAAAUAUAGAUAAUGCCAGGGUUAUUUUUGAUAAGGCAGUCCAAGUAAAUUACAAAACCGUGGAUCAUUUAGCAAGUGUUUGGUGUGAGUGGGCAGAAAUGGAGUUGAGGUACAAGAAUUUCAAAGAAGCACUGGAGCUGAUGAGGCGUGCUACAGCUGAGCCAUCAGUUGAAGUCAAAAGAAGAGUGGCUGCUGAUGGACAUGAACCUGUCCAGAUGAAGCUACAUAAGUCCUUGCGACUUUGGUCAUUCUAUGUGGAUCUGGAGGAAAGCUUGGGUACUUUGGAGUCCACUAGGGCAGUAUAUGAGCGGAUAUUGGAUUUAAGAAUAGCCACACCCCAAAUCAUUAUAAAUUAUGCAUUUCUGCUGGAGGAAAAUAAGUACUUUGAAGAUGCAUUUAGUGUAUAUGAAAGAGGUGUCAAGAUAUUUAAGUAUCCUCAUGUGAAAGACAUUUGGGUGACAUAUCUCUCAAAGUUUGUGAAGAGAUAUGGGAAGACAAAACUGGACCGGACAAGGGAGUUAUUUGAGCAGGCUGUUGAAGCAGUAUGGAUCUUAUUUUUCUUUAAGUUUUUGGUUUGGUUAUCAGAAUUAAUAAAUUUCGCCCCUGCUGAUGCCGUGAAACCCUUAUAUCUGCAAUAUGCUAAACUGGAAGAGGAUUUUGGUUUGGCGAAGCGAGCCAUGAAGAUCUAUGAACAAGCAACCAAGGCAGUUCCAAAUGAUGAGAAGCUUGAGAUGUAUGAAAUUUAUAUUGCUCGUGCAGCAGAAAUAUUCGGUGUCCCAAGAACAAGAGAUAUCUAUGAGCGAGCAAUAGAGUCUGGACUGCCGCACAAGGAUGUGAAGACUAUGUGUCUGAAAUAUGCAGAGUUGGAGAAAAGUUUAGGAGAGAUUGAUCGCGCUCGUGGAAUAUACCUAUAUGCAUCACAAUAUGCGGAUCCACGAUCUGAUCCUGAUUUCUGGAAUAAGUGGCAUGAAUUUGAGGUGCAACAUGGAAAUGAAGAUACCUUUAGAGACAUGCUGCGUGUUAAAAGAAGUGUUUCUGCAAGCUAUAGUCAGACGCACUUUAUUCUACCAGAGUAUUUGAUGCAGAAGGAUCAGAGAAUGAACAUAGAUGACGCCAAAGAGAAACUGAAAUUGGCUGGUGUUCCUGAAGACGAAAUGGCUGCUCUGGAGAAGCAGUUAGUUCCUUCAUCCAAUAAUAAUGCUACUGCUAAAGAUGGCACCAGAAAGGUGGGUUUUGUAAGUGCUGGAGUUGAAUCAGAGACUGAUGGAGGAGUAAAUGCCACCGCAAAUCACGAAGAAAUUGAGUUGCCCGAAGAAAGUGAUUCAGAAGAGGAUGAUAAAGUCGAAAUUGCAGAGAAAGAUGUUCCUGCUGCGGUUUAUGGAGGUCUUGCCCGGAAGAGAGAAGAUGAAGAAGAUGCAGCUGGAGCUACCAAGGGUCUUGGAGCCCUAGAGAGAAUUAAAAGGCUGAAACGAGGGGCUUGAUAAAAGUUUUAGUUAGAGAGUUGAUUGACUGAAAGAUAAAACAAUUUUGACAUAAUUAGAGAAUUUAUUGUAACUAACCGGCAGAGGAUCUUAAAGCAUCUUCUGGUUAAGAAUUUGUUGUAAUGGUAGGCAUGUAUAUUUUAAUGAAGUCUGUACAGCUCGUGUUCUUUCGAUCACUGCAAUUUCCGAUAUUCACUGGGUUGAAGACUCAGAUUUCUCAGCAAA